AUGAGAGGUGAAGAGAAGUCAAAGCCAGGAGUACAGUAUCUUUAUGAGGCCACAGGACCGGGUGGGUGCACGUUGCUCAUUGAGGUUUUGACUGACAACAACACACGGUCCCAUCAAGAAAUCAAACGUAUCUUGAUGAAAAAUGGUGGGGCGCUGUGUGAAGGAGCACGCCGGAACUUUGACAGGAAAGGUGUUGUGGCAGCAUCCAGAGAUGGGGUCUCCUCUGAGAAAGCUCUAGAGCUGGCCAUUGAGGCAGGAGCUGAAGAUGUGCAGGAGAUGGAGGAUGAAGAGGAGCGACCCAUACUACAGUUUAUCUGUGACAUUGCGUCCAUGAAGGCUGUGCGGAGUGCUCUAGAAGGUCUGGGGGUACACACACUUUCAGCCGGUCUGGAGUUUGUUUCUCAUACCCCGUCUCUCCUGACUCAGACUCAGCUAGAGACCGCGUCCACCCUGCUGGAUGCUCUCAAUGACUGCCCUGAUGUGGUCCGGGUAUGGGAUAACAUCCAUGCACAGACCUAGAGUUCACAAUAAGUCAAUUGACAAAUGGAACAACUCACAGAUAGAUGAACUAAUCAAUGAUCUACAUGCCUUAACUGAAAAAAAUGGACCUGCUUGGCCAAAUUGUAUUGGACUUUACUUGGAUUUUUUGUGUGAUGGUAAAUGCUUGAUUGACCUUGUUGAUAUAUCUUCAUC